ACGCGGCAAGCGUUCUGAUUCACAUUUACUUGUAAGCUUCGGAACUAAAGAAAUGGCCUAUCGUCAAUGAUGAGGGUGUUGUUUCUUUUAAUUUUCUCCAUACUCUCUGCAGUAAAAGGAAACCUGCUUUUCCUAAAAUAUCUACAGACAAAUGUGACGGGGUGCUAUACUUCUGAUACGUCGGCACAGUAUACAGUUGCACUUCUUAGAGACGUAGAAAAACCUCUACAAGGAGCACAUUUUUUUUUACCAACAGAAGAAAAAAUAGUCUCGUUUAUUGAAAAUGGUUUCAACAUAAAAUAUAGCGAUUGCAUAUUGCCUUCAAAAUGCAGUGCGUGGACGACGAGCGGGUUUAAAAAUAAAUCAAAUUUGGAAAACUGGAAUGACGAAUAUGGACCGAUCCUGGACGAACGUUGGAAUUCGCUUCCUGAAACUGUAUCCAGCACAAACUUUAAUUUUGGCAAAACAUCGCACAUGGAAAGGCGGGGAAAAAAAGGAAGGUUUCAUUUUUCAGCCCUCGCAAAGGAAAGCGUCCAAGUUCUGUUGACAGCCCACGAGGAUUGGCGAAAUAAAGCAGGUUUUUACAACGCAUUUGACGGAUUCAAAAGCAAUGCAUCGAAAAUUAGGUACUAUCCGAGAAUACCAGACACAAGAUAUACAUACGACUUAGGAAUAAAAGAUGUACUCAACGAUGGAAUUGUGAAAAAUAACACUCCAAUUUUCAACUCUGGCAACAACUGGGCAACGUUCACGGUUGACUUUGAAGUGGAUGACAACAUGACUAAAUUCCUUAAAUUUUCUGUCGAUGAUUGGUCGCUUCAGUUCAACUCGUCAAAAUAUCCAAAUGUCAAGUUGGAGGCAUUUAAAUAUUAUAUAUUUUCAGCAUACAACUUUUAUAGAAGUUAUUUUCGAGUCCACAAAUAUUGGGUUCUGGAAUCUGAGAACAAUAGCAAAGGUCGAAUGACUUCGACCGUUGAGUUGAAUGAGAAUGCGACUAUCUGCAUGGACAUCAUUGCGUUAAUUAAGGAAAAUGGAAAAUUUUCCGUCCAAGCAAAAUCACGAGGAUUUGAAAAAAACUCUCAAGUUUCUCAUAUGGAGAAAAAUGUUUGGAAAAAAGAGAGAAUCAAAUUUGAGAAAAUUCCCAAAGGUAAAUAUGAUAUCACCGUCGAAGGAAGCAAUUUUGUGAUCGGACAGAUCAAAUUUUGCGACAGCAGCAGAUCUGACGGAUAUUUAAUAACAACAAAUACAACUUUAUCACGGACGUGUAACUCCCUCAACUCAAGCAAGAAAGGCCAAUUGCAUGUAGAAAUCCAUAAUAAAAAUUACCAAGCAAAUUUGCCUUCUUUCAAUGUCACCGACCACGCAAGGGAAAUUAUCUGCAAGGAACUUGGCAAUCCCGAGUGUGAAAAUAUCCUGGCUUGCGAUGUGAGCGGCUGCUUUUGCUUCUCUGGUUACAGUGGAUCAAAGUGCAUGCAGCGAUGCACCAAUGGAAAUUUCGGGCCAAAUUGUAAAAACUCAGUAGAUACAAGACAGAAUUGCACAGGAAAUGGGACGCAUGGUAAUUACAGCGUCCACACUGGGAAAUGUUUUUCAUGUGCUGAAGGAUUUAGAGCACCAGACUGCAACGACGGAAUUAUCGUUUACCCUACUUUUCCAACGGUUACGUCAAAUGGGAGAAUUGCUACGGUCAAUUUGUCUUUGGCAUGGAAGGACGAAAAAGUGAAUAAAUAUUUCCAUCAUGGCUUGGUGCAGUUUCGAGUGAAGGAAAGUGAUCAAACAUGGGAAAACUAUACAUUUGAAAAGGGGUCUCUUUUUUUAAAUGUAACAAAUUUGAGUUUUAACACCACAUAUGAUGUUCGGAUCGUCUUGGUGGAGAUAAACGGCGGAUCGCAUGAAAAAGGGGCUAAAAUUGGAACUUUUUCGACUCCUAAAUGCUUGCCGAUAAGUUUCGCCGAAUCAGCAGUCUUUGAAAAUGGAUCGUGGAGAUUAACAGGAGACGAAAACUUGUGUAAAAUUUUUGAUUGCAAGCUGCAAUACUCGGAGAAAAAUGUUUCUUGCAAUGAAACAGACAAAAGAAAAAAAUUUACCAUAUUUUUAACAGCAGAAGAUGGCAGUUCGUUUUUCAAAUAUUUUUCAAGCGAAUAUCUCAAUCCUGAGCCUCAAGAACAAACCAGUAUCAUACACAUGUCAAUUGGGAUUACAUUAGCUAUAUUGGUUUUCGUGGUGCUGAUCUUCAUUUCUCGAAACGUUAUACGAAGAUUUUUCACAACUGUGAAACAAAGAAAUGACACGUUAUUGACAAGUGUUCCGAUGGAUAACAUUGCUCCACUACCUUCAACAGGAGAAGCUUGUGUAGAAAUUUCGACUCUACAGCACAGUAAGGAAGCGAAAAUAAAAGUUUCUGAAUUUGAAGAAUUUUUAGAACGGGCCAUUAAAUCCGGUCUCUUAAAGCAACAACACCGAGUUUUUCCCCGAGGACAAACAAAACCUUGGGAAGUGGGAACGUCAGUGGAAAACAAGAAAAAGAAUCGUUACGGAAAUCUCGCUGCAUAUGAUGAAACAAGAGUUCGGCUGAAAGUGAGAGGUGCAGCAGUCAGUGACUAUAUUAACGCAAAUUACGUUGACGGCUUCAAUAAAAGUAAGGCAUACAUUGCUACUCAAGGUCCAAAGAAAACCACGCUCGUCGAUUUCUGGAGCAUGAUUUGGCACGAAAGCGUUGAUUUGAUAGUCAUGGUUGCAAAUGUAAUUGAAAACGGAAAAGUCAAAUGUGAGAAAUAUUGGCCGGAUAUUGAGCAAACGGUCUGCCACGGAAGUUUCAAAAUCCAAAAUUUAUCCGAGACCAUCCACUUGGAUUUUAUGGAAAGAUCUCUUGUCAUUUCAAAUGGAGAUGAAAGUCGGCAGAUAAUUCAUAUGCACUACACGAUGUGGCCCGACCACGGAGUCCCAUUCUAUCCUCGCUCAAUGGCUGAUUUUGCAGAACGGAUAAUUGAUAUUGCCACAAACAACCCUAUAACCGUGCAUUGCAGUGCCGGCGUCGGACGAACGGGCACUUUAAUGUUGAUUGACGCGUGUUUGAGAAUGGCCAGGGCCACCGAACAUCUCAGUCCGUUUGAGUUCUUGGGAAAAAUGCGUUCUCAGAGAGCAAAUUUGGUUGAUAAUGAGCUUCAGUACACUUUCGUUCAUUCGGUUCUAUAUGAGGCUCUUUGUAUACCAAAAUUCCACAUUGAAUGCAACUCUUUCACUGCAAGGUUGCAAAAUUUAAUGGCUUCAAACAAAAUGCUAUUGAAAGAAGAGUGGAAUUUGGUUGGAAAAAUUAGUGCCAAAGAUUGGGAAAUGUUGGAAAAAGAUGCAUCAUUUCAAGUGCCAGAAGAUAAGUGCAAAGAUUUAACUGUCCAAUCAGUCCCCAACAAGUACAUCAAACUGUUGCCGGAGGUAAUGGAAGGUCUGAUGAACACCUUUAUUGAUGCAGUUUGUGUGGAUGGGUUCAAUCGCAAAGACGCGCACAUAAUUACUGCAACUCCAAUGAGCAACACAAUUGGCGACUUUUGGCGCAUGAUUUACCAACGAAAAAUCGAGCAAAUCAUUGUUCUAAAUGAACGAGCACAAAACGAGCCGAUCUUUUUGCCGUCAGAACCGAACAGCCCGCUUUGUUUUACAAAUCUUGCGGUCAGCGUUCAAAAGACGUAUAAUCUAAAGAACUGCCGAAUUUAUACUCUCGGUGUCCAUAAGGAAAAUGACAACCAAAUGGUGAAUGUCGUUCUAUUUCCUGGUUGGCCUGCUGGAACUGAGGCGCCGCAAAGUAUAUUUUCUCUCAUCGAACUUUGGGAAGAGACCGAAAUUUCAAGGUCCAUCGCUAAACCAAGUGUCUUGGUGUGCAAUGACGGGUACACUGCAUGCGGCCUUUUCAUCGCACUUGGCUUUAUGCUGGAGAAAAUGAAAUUGGAACACCAGGUGGACGUUCCCACAGCCGUGAGAGUGGCCAGACUUGUCAAGCCUCGAUUCUUGACAUCCAUGGAACAAUACGAAAUGCUCUACAGUGCGGCCCAGACUUAUCUUGAGGCUUUCGACACGUACGGGAAUUUCAAAUGACGAAUCAAGACCCUUCAAAGUAUAAUAUAAUCAAUAUUAUUACUUUUAUAGGAUGAGAUUAGAUAAGAGUUAACCAUAUUAGAUUCCCUCUUAAUUUUACAUUUCAUCAAAUUAGAAAAAAAAACAAUCAAAAGAUGAUUAUUUUUUGCUUUACUUCAGCUUACAUAUAAGUAAUAUUCAAUUAUGAUAUAGAAGAUAAAAUUAGAAUAUAUAAUCGAAUUAUCAACAGUAUAGUUAUCGAUAAUGAAAAAUACUGGUUUUUAGUUCUUGGUUGCGCAACUCCUUUAGUAAAAAGAAAAAGUAAUAUUUAAAUGUGCUGGGUUUCAACAUAAAUGACAAAAAAAAAUUCUAAUCUAUAGUUUACUAAACAUUGAACAUAAUUAUAUUUAUAGACUAGCUCCGAGCAAAUAUUACAGUUUAACCGUUUUCAAUUAAUUUCAAAUAGCAAUAAUUACACUAUAUUAACUUACUUAAUUUUUAUAUAUCCGGUGUUUGCUUGUUAGAGCUUUAUAUGUACAGUAAAUUAUAUUUCAUUUAAAGCAUUAAUUAUGGUGCGCGUUACGCAAUGUAGUUUACAUUUAAAAUGUAUAAAAUCAAUUGUGAGUUUGAAAGAACUUUAGCUGUGGUUUAUAGUUUGUCCAUCAUAAUUAUUUUUUAAAUUUAAUACAAAUUGUUAGAAUAAAUUUCUUUAUCAAUUCAUUUAUUAAACUUUUAUUUUUAUGAUGAAGUAGAAUUCCCUGGCGAUAAGAUAAGGCAUAGGAAAGGAAACUAACGCAAAUCCAACCGCAGAAAUAAGAACUGGGACUUAAAAAAUAAAAGAUUAUGAAAUAAAUAUUUGCUCACAAAAUUGCUUGUGUAUAUUUUGUUGUUUUGACUUAAAAUAAAUUAAUACAAAAUAAUGAUUUGUUUAUUCUUGCAUCAAAAUUU